CAUAACCUUAUCCUUCAAAGACAUUCGGAGGAAAGAAAGAUAAAACACAGCUGUAAGAUUCACUUUUUUCGGUCGUCUUUGCUUUUUUUCUGUAAAAAAGUUGACAUCUUUUCGGUAUAUUAGAAUUGCAUUGACUGUCUAUUACAUUCGAUAAAUAAUAAGAGCUAGUUGAAAAAAAAAAUGUCGACGGAAUAUUCGUGUACAACGCCGGAAUGUAAAAAAGCGGCGACAUUACAAUGUCCCACUUGUUUGAAAAUCGGAAUACAGGGAUCAUACUUUUGUGGUCAAGACUGCUUCAAAGGCUAUUGGAAAACACAUAAAAUCAUUCACAUGUUGGCCAAAGGACCGAGUGGUCUUGAAGCAAAAAAUGAUGAAUAUAGUCCUUGGCCGUACUAUACAUUCACUGGUAAACUGCGACCGUAUCCACAGACACCAAUGCGAAAAGUGCCAGAAACGAUUGGUCGGCCAGAUUAUGCUGAUCAUGCAGCUGGACGGAGUUUAAGCGAAGAAGCAUUUCGUGGAAAUACGACGAUUAAAGUGUUGGACGACGAUGAAAUUGAAGCGAUGCGCGUCUCGUGUCGCUUGGGCCGUGAAGUGCUUGACGAAGCGGCAAAAGCAAUUGAAGUUGGUGUAACCACCGAUGAAAUUGAUCGUAUCGUACACGAAGCGUGUAUCGAACGUGAUUGUUAUCCAAGCCCGUUAAAUUAUUACAAUUUCCCGAAAUCGUGCUGUACAUCUGUCAAUGAAGUUAUCUGUCAUGGUAUUCCGGACACAAGACCAUUGGUGGAUGGUGACAUUUGCAAUGUUGAUGUUACAGUUUAUCAUAGAGGUUUCCAUGGCGAUUUGAAUGAAACAUUUUUUGUUGGCAAUGUAGCCGAAAAACAUAAGAAUUUAGUAAAGGUUACGUAUGAAGCAUUACAAAAGGCCAUUGCUAUCGUGAAGCCAGGCGAAAGAUACCGUGAAAUCGGCAAUGUCAUUCAAAAGCAUGUACAAUCGUAUGGAUAUAGUGUGGUUAAGAGCUAUUGUGGUCAUGGUAUUCAUCGGCUAUUUCACACUGCACCAAAUGUCCCACAUUAUGCUAAAAAUAAUGCGGUCGGUGUUAUGAAAGCUGGAAAUGUAUUCACCAUUGAGCCAAUGAUAUCUGAAGGCACAUGGCGAGACAGACAGUGGCCAGAUAAUUGGACGGCCGUUACCCAGGAUGGUCUAUAUUCAGCCCAAUUCGAGCAAACCCUUUUGGUAACUGAGACUGGCUGUGACAUUUUAACCAAACGUCGAUCCAAUCCAGAGGGAAAUCCUUGGUUCAUGGACAAACUUUGAAUUCGAUAGAUAUCUUUCAUAAUAAACAUGAUUUUGUUUGUUAAUUUUUUGAGAGGUUCAUUUUGAGCGCAACAGAUGCAGACAAAAAAAUUGUCAUUUAUUCACCCAAAAAAAAAAAAAAAAAAGUUGAAGAUUUUUGUUAGGAUAUUGGGUUAUCGUGCGGUACAUAUCUCUUUUCCAUCCGCUCAUGAAUUGAAAUUAAAUUUCAUUGAUUUUUUUAUUAUUAAACUAA